AAAACCUGCAUGCAUGAAAAACGGUUUGCCCGGCGGUAAUAUAUCUGUACUAGUAAUCUUUCACCGGUUGCCAACGUAAAUGACUAUUUAAAGUAGCCACUGCUUGUCCAUCGCACUGCUAAAAUUUUCAAUUAGCUCUUUUAUAUUCUUCCUUUGUGAUUCAAAAUGGCUACCAGAAUAAUUCUCUUUACUAUCCUGGUUUUCGUCUCCUGCGUCUAUGCCACACGCUUCAGAGUCAACAAGGGCUGUGUGGUCUUUCAACGAGGCGACGGCAAGAAAUUCUCGCAAUGCAGCGGCAAAGGUCUCGACGUCAGUCCGCCCCUCACCGUGUGGGGACGGUUGGAAGGCGGUAAAGAUCUGACAACAAAAGCCGGCUGCAAAAAGGAAUUCCACUGGCCUUCCAACUACGGUGAAGUCUUCUAUGGAGCGGACAACUGUCUUUACGAUGCCAAAAGCAACCGAAUUGAUGGACAGUGUUGCGACGGUGGCGGCGGCGAGGACGUGCCUAACCCUUACCGAUCUGGCUAGUCGCAACGUCCAUCGAAGCCGCCUCGUGGAUUCAUCUACGGAGUGGUCGGUAUGGUGAAUGCCUGCAACUCUUCCACAGGAAUACUACACUACUAUCAAACGUGGAUUUGUAGUUCACAUCGUUCAAUCGACGCGGGCUUCUUGUCAAGCGGUCGUAGAAAUGUAUAUUAGCAAUGUGAUACGACGGUCGCUACAUAUUCUGUCUACAUAAUGCAUUGUACAGUAAUAUAUACUACCACUGAAACACAAUUUUAAUAAAAGAUGACAAAGCGUG